UCUGCAGAUCACAGCCUCCAUCAGAGCCUCAGACCUCCAUCAGAGCCUCAGACCCCCAUCGGAGCCUCAGACCUGCAUCAGACCCCCAUCAGAGCCUCAGACCUGCAUCAGACCCCCAUCGGAGCCUCAGACCUGCAUCAGACCCCCAUCAGAGCCUCAGACCUGCAUCAGACCCCCAUCAGAGCCUCAGACCUCCAUCAGACCCCCAUCAGAGCUUCAGAGACCCCCCAGAUGUUCUUACUGAGUUCCAUUAAGGUUCCUAACUACUGCUCAGAUGAUCAGAGCUCAGCUCCUCACCAGGGAAAGCUCCACAGCGCAGAUGAUUGGGGCCCUGGCCUCGACAGUCGCCCGCCUCCAGCGCUCCACUGCGGGCUGCCGGGCCCUGGCGCUCGGUUCGCCGAGGCGCUGCGUAACCCAGAACCAGCGGACUGCUCGGGUUCUGCAGGGCUAGGACUCGUCUGCACAGGCGGGGUUCCUUUCCAGGAAGCCCAUGUCUUUCCCCGCAGAACCGCCGCCCGCAACUGGGCUUCAAGGAGCCUCGCCCCCUACCGCCCAAGAAACAGAGGCCUUCCUCGCCGCGCCUCUUUAUUUUUCAAAAACCGUCUCGGGAGUGGGGAAUAUGCCAGUUACCCCCGCCGGAGUCCCACCAAAGAGAGGCGAGCCGGCUGCGGACCCGUAGCCCCGGCGUACUGCGUAGCCUUCCUGGCCCUGGAGAAGCAAGAUGCACCUGCCUCCAUGCAGCAGGUGCACCGCAGCCAUGCAGUCAAUAAGGCUUUAUUACAGAUGGGGCUCGUCUCUUUCAUCAGGGGCAUCGAUCCAGGGCGAAAGAAAGAGGAGGGAUUUCAGCCGUCUGAAGGACACUGGGAUCGACUGUGUUCAGGGUGCAGGGCAGAAGACUCGUCUCUGUCGAGGAUGAGCCCCUGCUCGGAGGCGGGGAAACCCUGUAACCCGUGUCUGGACGCGGCGAAGUCGUGUAAUCUGAACGAGACGUGCAAACGUCUUCGAUCUGCAUACAAUUCCAUCUGCAGCAAGGCCACGCCCCCUCAGUCCACGCUGGCCAAUCAGGAGCCCUGCAGCCGCAAGAGAUGUCAGAAGGCUCUGCGUCAGUUCUUCGAGCGAGUCUCCUGGGAGCUCAGCUACCCCCUGCUGUUCUGCUCCUGCUCCGAUCAGGCCUGUGCCGAGCGCCGCCGCCGCACCAUCGUCCCGUCCUGCUCCCACCAGGAGAGAACCAGGCCGUCCUGUCUGGAGCUGAGGGCCAACUGCCGCUCUGACGCGCUCUGCAG